CGUCGCCGAGAUGCAGCUGUGUUAUCUGUAUACUGUUUGCUUGUUUGUCGUCGCGUCUGUUAUUUUAUCUUAUUAUUACAUCAGUAUCGUCGGAGACACUCAAGAGAAAUUGACGGUUGCCGACGAUAUUAGUAUGAACAAGAACAUUUCCUUUAAGAUGCUACAGCGAGUACAAGAAGCACUGGAGGAGGAACAGUCGCCUAGUAUUGACUUUGACGACGAUUUGAUGUCAAGAGCAAUUCAGGCUGGUAAUCUUACUCGCUUAAAGAACGUUCUCAAGAAAGCUUUAAGAGGUGAAGACAUCAAUCUAUUGGUCAUUGGAGGCUCUAACAGCGCUGGCGGAAAAUUAGGACUUGACGAGAAUAGCUUGGAUGGAUUAUAUUUUAAAGUGUUUGGAAGAUGGUGGAACAACACCUUUGGCAAAGCGAUCAAGUCCUUCGUGAAAGAAAUUCAGUUAGCAAUCGGAGCCACCGGAAGCCCUUUCUUUGCGUUUUGCUACAAAACGUUCAUUGCAGAAGGUGAGAAAAUCGAUAUAGUGCUAAUAGAAAUAUCAGCGAACGACUGCAGAUUUCGGACGGCGAAACAUUUGGAGCAGUUAACUCGCCAAGUGCUUAGGUAUCAUUCAGAACCCGCGCUACUUUAUAUUAAUCUGAUAGGUAAUGUGGGUUACAAGGCCAAGCCGCUUAAUCCAACGUGCAGAAACCUAGAGACUUUUGGACAAACACAGCUUGCUCGCCAUUAUGAAAUUACGUCGUUCAGUUUAAAGGAGGUAUUUUGUCGCAAGGACGAAAGAGGUCAGUGGAAAAUAAUUUUAACAAACAUGACUGGGUCCGAUGGUAACCAUAUUGGCCUCAAGGCGCAUGCUGUAGUUGCUUCCCUGAUGAUUAAACAUGUGAGGAGCGUUACACAAGAACUUAUCAAUGACGUCUAUAAUGUGGAUGGAGGACACGGAAGUUCUGCUUUACCGAAGUUCUUGCUUAUCGAACGUGAAAGCGGAGCUUUGAAAAAGCCUUUGUGCUGGACUGGGAAAACGCCAAAUGCUUUUAAAAAUCUUCACCAUCCAAGUCUUCAACUUGAAGUUAUAAACAACAGAAGCUUUUCAUCGUGUUUUCAAGUGCGCGGAAAAAACAUGAAUGCUAAGAGUGUGUCCAAAGAGCUUCGUACCGAUUCUCAGGGAGGUUGGUGUGCGUCGAAAAGCUUCAGCACCCUUCAGCUGAAGAUCUAUGUUCCAAUGAUUGCUGUAAAUAGUUCCCGAAGAACACGAUCGGUGAUAGUUUUAAGUAGGUUCUAUAGCAGAGGCCAGGCUGAGAUAUGGCUGGAUAACAACAAAGACAAAGCUAUUAAGACCGACUCAAACUCAAAACUGGAUCGGUAUGAUACAAUCGCAACAAGAGUGAACCCAGGCUACCAUACGAUCACGGUCAGAACUUUACGGGACGGAGUGUUUAUGGUUUCUGGAGUGCUUGUUGGACCCCCUGACUUUGGAUUUGGGACUGAUGCGUUACACUGUCAAUGAGCAAUGAAAGUGAACAACAACAAUAAAUAAAUCUUUAUUUUCCUUCAUUUUAAAAUUACAUGUUAUUUGUACCGCGGAUAGCAAGUGCUAAUCUAGGCGGGCCAUGAAUCGCUUGUACAUAUAACUAGAUUAAUCAGAAAACAAUAACGACAAUUAAUUUAAGAUUAAAGAUAUAGUGGACAUUAUUAUCGUUUCUGCAUAUUACGACCACUAAAAUAAAAUAAGGGGAGAAUAAUAAAAGACGACAUUGAUUUUAAUUACUUAAUGCCAUUUCAGAUACAUACAGAUACUUAAAGAUAGUAGACGCAAUCUGAACUGUACUGUAGGCAA